UUUACAGCUGAUUUUUCUCUAGUGGUUUAGAGAUACUUUUCAUAUUAAUUCUGAAUUAAAUUAAUUGCUUCAAUAAUUAAAUAAUUAAUAAUUAAAUUUCAUCUAUGUCUACGAUGAGCGCAGAUUAUGAAGUCAUGGCAUCUAAUCAGCAUGCUGAUAUAAGCAUGAGCGUUCGGAAAAAAGUGAGCAUAGUAUGGCGCUAUUUUGAAAAAUUGGAUAGGUUACGAGUGCGAUGUAGACUCUGUCGCCACGAACAGAAUUAUCAAGGCACAACAGGCAAUAUAUUGCGGCAUUUGAAAAAUAAACAUAAUAUUGAUGCAACUCUGAAGGGACAACAAGCAAAUCCAGACUUGGCUCCUAAAUUUGGCAUUGGGACUGAUGACAAUACACAUAGACGAACCAUGUAUGAGGAGGAUUGCGAAAUUAUUUUCCUUAAAGACGAAUCUGCAGAUACUAUAAACUCUACAAGUCGGCAACCUAAUGAUAAUAAAUUUAAAAAAACAAUUUGUGACGAUUCCUUAGAUCCGUACACAGAUAAUACCUUUUUUUACAACUACACAGACGAGCCAAGGGACAGCAACAGUAUACGCAACUCUAUAGAUAAACAGAAAUGUUCCCCGGAGGAAGAGCGAAUAAUUGCGGAAAUAGAGUAUUUCCGUCAAAAGGCUGGCUACUAUAGGAUGCAGAAAAAUCUCGUGGCGUUGCAAGCAAAAAAGAUCAAAUAUGAACUCGAACGUUUAUAACAAUUUGUGUAAGAUAUACUCGUAUAAUUUAGAGUGUAGAAAUCAUGUUCAUUUAUUACGAAACCAGUUUUGUUUUAUUUAUUAGAUCGAUCUAGAAUAAGGCUUCUAAAGCAAAUAUAUUCGUUCAUGCCAUGUACAUACAUACAUACAUACAUUUUUGAAAAUAUUGAAAUUUUAAAGAAAAUGAAGAAAGUUUGGAAGGUGAAGAGAACAAUUGACAUUUUUUCCCAAAAUUAAUGAUUACAAAUGUAUAUAUUUCUUUUGCACAGAAUGAGAACGACAGAUUUUGUACAUUUUUUAACAACGACAAUGUCGAGUAUGCUUAAUAGUAAAUAAUAAAUAUUUACACAAA